AUGAUUAAAAAUAUAGUUAGAGGAUAUCAAAUCAAAAUCAACAACAAUCAUGUAUAUAAAUCAACAACAAUAACAACAACCUUCUCUUCAUUAAAAACAUCUGUAUUAUCAUCAACAUCAUUAUUUAAUCAACAACAACAACAACAAUCGAAUAUUAUAAAACUACAGAGAUAUCAAUCGACAUCAUCAUCUUCUUCUGGAUCAUCGUCGUCAUCAUCAUCAUCCUCUAAAAAAGGAAAUAAUAGCAAUGAACAUGAACAUUUAGAUUCUUUAGAAGAUUCAUUGGUGAAUCAUAAUCAAGAAGAAUUCCAAAGAGCACCUAGAUUCUUUUGGAUUGGUGUCGGUGCAUUGAUUUCAGCGGUUGCCCUUGACAUGUAUCAGGACUAUCUGGCUUUCGACGAGAAGAUCAUGCUUUCCGACAUCGAAAAAAUACUCAAUAAUGAUAAUCCAUUGGAACGCACUGAAGCUCUCUUAAACAUUGUAGUAAGAGCUCCAAUCUAUCAUACUAUUGAAAAGUUAUUCAAAAAUGGAAUUGUAGAUGUUUUGGUAAAAUCAUUGGAUGAUAAUGAUCCAACUGUACAGGCAACUGCUAUACGUGCACUUCAAGAAUUUAUAUCAAGAGGUUAUGAGGUAUUUGGAGAACAAGCAGUUCAGAAAGGAGCAUCUACAAUCGUUGCGAAAACAAUGUUGCUAAGAGGAAUGAAUUGUGAAGCUGCAACCAAUCUUUGGUUUUCUUUAAUGUACAUAAAGAGAAAUCAACAACAAUUAUUAGGCUCAAAUGAAUUCAUAUCGAAUUUGAAUCAAUUAGCUCACUCUGAUUCAUUGUAUCUCCAAGAAGUAGCUGUUGAAACAUUUAAAAUAUUGUUUGCAAAUCGUAUGUGGUCGCGUUACACCAACGACACCAUCUACACCAAUGCCAAAGGUGUCACCGGUGCCAUUGCCCUACUGAUUGCAGGCUCGUUGGCAUCGAUCAGUCUCUAUCCACAAUAUCAUACAAAGAUGAUCGAUAAUCGUAUGCGUGAUGAAUUAAAGAGAUUGGAAUCAACUGAUCAACAACUACAACAACAACAACAAACAGAUAUAAAUACAGCGACAACAACAACAACAGCAGCGACAACAAAAGCAACAGAAGAUUUAACAAUGUUUACAAAAUUAAAGAGUGCUGCAUUUGCACCGGCUUCACUCUUUGUUAUCAAUCAAUUGUUCCCAGUAGUAGGUAAUAUCGUUCUCAUUAAAGGAUGGAGAAAUUCAAGAUUCAUAUUCCUGCCUGCUGUUGCCCUUUUACUUCCUUAUUGUUUGGAGAUGAAAGGUCAAUAA